AGCAACGAGCCCCCGGUUGACCAACAGAAGGACAGGAGGAGCAUCUCAAGGAGGAUUCUCUCUGCUCUCAUCAUGAAGCGCUACCUGCUUCUCGCGCUGUUUGUCAGCGCAGCGUUCUGUGCCUCAGACUAUGACGAGUUUGAAGAGGGUGAGGUAUUAACUACACAGAAACCUGGCACGGAAAUCAAUGUACGAGGCAACAGACCCGUUCCUAAAGGAAGAGAAGAUACAGUAAGAUUACAGCCAGCACCACCACCCAUCAGUGGCAGCAGCUACCGGGCUCGACCGACCACUCCACCUCGUGGCAGACAAAUGGUCCAGAAGGCUGUCAUCCCCGACGAGGGGGGCUGUGUUCACGCCUCGGAGGAGAUGGGAUUGCUCUGUCCAAAUGGCUGCGAACUGAAGACUAACUUUUUGAAGCAAGAAAAAAACAUAAGGACCUCCAUCGACCAGCUGAAGACCGACGUCAACGGCUUGUCAAUGACCUCCGAUAACAUCUAUAAGUAUGUGGAUGGCCUCACAAAUGUUGUCAGAGAGAGGCAGAAGCUGACGUCAGACAACAACAACGUGAUCGACGAGUACACCAAUGAAGUGGAUGAGCAGCACGCCUUCGUGAAAGGCAACAUGGACACCACUAUUCCAUCUAGCAUCCGGCUCCUGCGGGGUGUCCUAGAAAACCUACGGUCCAAGAUACAGAGGCUGGAGCAGACCUUGAUUGCCCAGAGAGAUUACUGCCAGAAGCCUUGCACCGUCUCCUGCAACAUCCCAGUUGUGUCUGGGAAAGAAUGUGAGGAUAUAUACAGGAAAGGUGGAAGGACCUCCGAGAUGUACUUGAUUCAGCCAGACAGCUUCUUUGCACCUUACAAAGUCUACUGUGACAUGGAAGCCAGAGAAGGCGGCUGGACGGUAAUUCAAAACAGGCAAGAUGGAAGCGUCGACUUUGGAAGGCGAUGGGAUGCCUAUAGGGAUGGAUUCGGAAAUAUCGCACUCGAUGGCAAAAAAGGCGUCUGUGAUUCACCAGGGGAGUUUUGGCUUGGAAACAACCGAAUCAGUCAGCUUACAAAAAUGGGACCAACUGAGGUUCUCUUUGAGAUGCAAGACUGGAGUGGCAACACAGUGUCAGCUCAUUACAAGCAGUUUACUAUACAAAAUGAGGCAACCAACUACAUGGUGGCUAUUGCUGGUUAUGAUGGCACAGCGGGUAAUGCUCUUCUGGAAGGAGCCCAACAACUCUUUGGCAUCAACAGGACAAUGACAAUCCACAAUGGCAUGAUGUUCAGCACCUCAGACAGAGACAAUGACAAAUGGGACCCUGGUGAUCCCACCAAGCAGUGCUCCAAAGAAGACGGUGGUGGAUGGUGGUACAACCGCUGCCACUCUGCCAAUCCAAACGGCCGAUAUUACUGGGGUGGAGAGUACACCAAAGUAAUGGCCAAGCAUGGCACAGAUGACGGCGUCGUAUGGAUGAACUGGAAGGGGUCCUGGUACUCCCUGAAGGCAAUCAACAUGAAAAUUCGGCCAUUUUUCUCCUCAUAAAUGUAAAGCCGGUAUGGCCGAAGCUGACAAGACUCUAGGAAUGCACUUGCCUUGCUGUUAAUGUCUGAUGUCUUUAGGUGAAUGCACAUAAUGUUGGAAGUGAACCUACUGAGCAUGAAUUUCCAUUCUGCCCACAAUAUACAAAAUCAGUCAACGUUUGGGGUCAUGUUUUUUGAUAGAAAUUCAUACCUUUUUUAUCAAAAUACCAUUAAAAUAAUUUAAAAAUAUAGUCAAGGCAUUACUAGUAUUUAUAAUGGCUAUUACUGCUUAAAAUGACUGAUUCUUAAUUUAUUAUUCACGUAAGGCGAUUCCUUCAGCAUCCGAAUGUCGGCUCCCUUAGCUUAUGCCUAAUUAGUCAUUUUAAUUGUUAAUUGGUUAUUAGAGAAACCCUUCUAAUUGCAUUAGCACCACUGCUAUUCUGUUUACUUACGUUAUAAGGUACUGGCACUCCUAGACUUCAGUUUUGGGUUCAUAAAAUGGCCAAAAUGAAAGAGCUUUCUGAAGAAACACGUCAGUCCAUUGUGUGUUUGCAGAACGAAGGCUACUCCAUGUGACAGAUUGCCAAGGACAUGAAGAUUUCAUGUAAAGGUUUCAUUUACUGUCGUGAGAGAAGACGGGGCUGCUGAAUCUAACCAGGACAGAAAAAGAAGGGCAAGGCCAAGAUGGACAACUACAUAAGAAGAAAAGGACGUCAGAGUGUGCAGUUUGAGAAACAAAUGCCUUACAGGCUGUCAGUUGUUUUCUUCUCUAACUGCACUCCAAAUGCCAGUGGUGUGGAUUUAAAGAAGAAUCCAAUUACGGAGCUGUAAGGAGUUUGCUUCUCACCAUCCACACUCUGGUGUCCUUAUCCUCUUAAUGCAGUUACCCAUCUGGGCCUUCCACUUCUCUUUUUUUUCUAUUCCGGUCUGAUCCGGUUUGUUCUUUCCUCUCAAGACAGUAACAGUCACCUUUGUUGAAAUCUUCAGUUUCUCGACAAUCCACCAUAUGAAAUAAUCUUCAUUCUGCAAAACAAAAAUACAGUCUGGCAUGUUUCUCGAUUAUUGUGGUCAUGUUUGAACCCAGAAUUGAACUUUAGGAAAGCCAGUCAUUUGCACCCCAAGUGGACGGGAUGACAGGUGUGAGCGGUGGUAAGGUAGGAGUCUGUAAGAACCUGUUAGCAGGGAAAGGGAGGAGACCUGAAAAUGGGGCUCUGCAGUCAUACGUGAAUAAGAAACUAACAAUCAGGCAUUUCAGGCAGUAAUAGCCGUUACACACAGUAGUGACGCCUUGGCUGUAUUUUUAAAUCAAUAUAAUUGUAUCUUGAUAAAUAAUAUAUAUAUAUAUAUAUAUAAAUACUUUUUAAAAAGUGUACUAAAAAGUAAAAAAUAAGUCUCUCAUACAUCACUGGUAAAAUAAAAGUGUGGGCGCUUUUGCUAAGAUUUUAUCGAUUGAUGAAAAGCACCCAUACUUUUAUUUUACGAGUGAUGAAUGAGAGACUUAUUUUUUACUUUUUAGUACACUUUUUAACUUAAUAUAAGCGUGGUUUUUAAAAAGUAUUUUUUUUAUAUAUAUAUUAUUUUCAACUUUUUAGUCUUGGGUUUGUUUUAGUAUCAUUUUGUAAUCGAUAUUUUAACAUGAGCAGCACGGUGGCGCAGUGGGUAGCGCUGCUGCUUCGCAGUUAGGAGACCCCAGGUCCUCCCUGCGUGGAGUUUGCAUGUUCUCCCCGUGUCUGUGUGGGUUUCCUCCCAAAGUCCAAAGACAUGCAGGUUAGGUGCAUUGGCGAUUCUAAAUUGUCCUUGGUGUGUGUGUGUGUGCCCUGUGGUGGGCUGGCACCCUGCCCGGGGUUUGUUUCCUGCCUUGCGCCCUGGGAUUGGCUCCAGCAGACCCCCGUGACCCUGUAGUUAGGAUAUAGCGGGUUGGAUGAUGGAUGGAUGGAUAUUUUAACACUUCCUGUAAUAUUUCUAUCCAUUACUAGCGCCAUCUAUUGGUGAAAUCUUGAACUAUUCUUCAUAUGAAAAUUUCAUUUCUUAAUUAACAUGGAUUAAUUGAUCAAUUAGUGAAACUGAUUAUUGAUUCAUGUAUUGUCAUCAGAGAUGAGUAGGUGUGCACAAUUUCAAGUCAUUUGGACAAUAGGGAGUGGGUUAAAUACCGAUGACAAGAUUUGUGCCAGACAACAAACAGGUGACGUUAAAGAAGCGAGGUAAUAAGGUAUCAAUUUCUGUCAAAAAUAUGAACAUUUUUGUCUGAAGCAAAACUUUUGACAGGUAUGCAGAGUAUGUCAAGUUCAAAUAGUUUUACUUUGAGAAAACCACUUUUUGUGAUAUUGUAAGGUUGUGUUUAGCGAACAAAUUGACUGGAUAGCAUUCCACAUAUAUUGUCAUUAUUAUUAUUUUAAUUGUUUGGUGUACUCUGUAUACACUUUUCAUUUACUCAGUGGUGUUUAAACAAGAGGCUAAAGAAGAAUUCAUGUUUGUUCACUUACUCAUUUUCCAGACUUGCUUGUUCCAGUUGCAUGUGUAUGGAGUAAAGAAGAGUUGUUUCGUAUAUCGUCUUACUAAAACGGUGAAAAAAUAAAUAAAAAUAAAAGUAUUACAACUCCUGUCAGCCUUGA